GGUUUACCUACCCCUACUUUUUACCCUUUCCCCUUCAAAAUUUCUCCCCCCUGCUUUACGUAAUUACGUGAGAGGUUCACGGUCAAAAAACCUGAUGGAUUUGGAGUCGAUAAAGAGAUUGCUGGAGGGAGAAGGGGAGGAACAUGAAUCUCCCGCGGUGGUAGAUUCCAUGCCCUUAAGAUUUAUUGAGCCAUUGAUCUCCCAUGGAUUGAAGAUCCAGAUUGUCCAGCCCGAUCGCCUCCUCUGCUCAUUCAAAGUCCCCCCACGCAUUGUGGAGCAUUCCAACGGUUCAUUGCACGACGGAGUGAUUGCGGCGCUGGUGGACGUUAUCGGUGCGGCGGCCGUGUUCGUCGGUGGUGCUCCGGCGACCGGCGUCUCCGUUGAUAUCAAUGUGUCUUAUGUCGGUGCUGCUUAUGCUGGUGUACGUGUUUCUAUCUAUCUUCAAUCAGCUGAUUCAGUGAUUCACCACAAAAAAGACGAAAUUGAGAUAGAUGCAAAGGUAUUAGGCAUAAAGAAUGCGAUCGCUGUAGUGAGUGUUGAAUUAAGGAACACUAAGACAGGAAAGGUUAUCGCACAAGGGCGUCACUCCAAAUACUGGGGUUUUCAACAACUUAAAAGUAAGAUUUGAAGCUAUCAGCACCAUUUAUGGAUCAAUUCAUGGACCUCUAUGCAGAAGUUAUCUGAGGACCACCAGUUCAUUUUUAUGACAUAUAAUACCUUGUUUUGGCUUUGCUUGGUUACCAUGUAUCAUGUAUGAGCCAUUAGUUGGUUGUAUUGGUUUAUGCCAAUUAGUGUGUGAUAAUUACAAUUAUUAUAGUUAUAAUUACAUGCACUUAUUUGAUUUCAUCAUGUAUUGGAGCAUACAAACGGCUCUGUGUCUAUUUUUAACGCUCGCGAUCGGAUCAAUAAUAGUUGUCUGGAGGUUGUCUUGCAUGUUUUUUUAUAUCAAUAUAAGCCGUUUAUAAUAUAAAAA